AAACUAUAUCGAUAAAAUAGAGAGUGAUCGAAAAUAACAUGAUCCACCAACAUGUAAAUAUGUUAUUGUCAUUUCGUUGGCUGUAAAAAAUUAGAAACUGUCAAAUAUCGAUUAUGCAUAAAUGCAUCUUUUCGAAAUUUUGCACUAUUAAUUGUCUUCCAUGGCGGUUUUGCAUCGUGCCUUGUUUACGUGGUUCAAUUUGCUCAUAUUUUUGAUCCUGCUGGUUCUGAGGCUUGAUCAAAGAAUACAAUGGAAUUGGUUUAUUGUUUUCAUUCCAAUGUGGCUGUACGACAACAUUCUUCUUAUUUACAUCGUUUUCAACAUGAUCUCACACUGCAAGAAUGGACGUGUCAAUAGUUUGCACAGAGAGGCAUGGUAUAUGACAGCUGUGCUUCUGAAACUAUGUGCUCAGAUUCUGAUUUGUUUGAAAUCGGAGGCACCUCACUGGUCUCUACCAGCCAAAGUAGUAUUGGCGCCCUUCUGGCUACUCCUUCCAGCACUAGCAACCGAUGUUUUUAUCCAUUUGAUACAUCAAUCUAGAUAUUGAUAAUGGACAAAUUCCAGUUUGCUUCAAGUUACCCAAGGACUUGUGCAUAUAAUUAUACUAACAAAGUAUUAGCUUAUCAAUAUUAUUAUUAUUUGCUGUAUAAAAU